GGCGAGGCAGGUACUUCCUGUCCUGUGCACAGUAAAAGGACAGUUCAUGACGCAGUUCAGGAUGUUCCGCCUAGAUCCAAGCCUGGGAGGUCACUGGAGGAGAACUCUGACCUUUGCACUGCUGGCAGACUGAGGAAGUAAGGAGGAAUCCCUGGAAGCCUUGCUUCUUGAAGCACAACCUGGACAUCCUGUUCCCUAAAGGACCCAGAUUCUCUCCAACCAUCACAAAAGGAGCUUGGGUGAAGAUAUCUAAGGACCUGGAAAGUGCUUCAGUGACCUUCUACACUCCGGCAAGGGGAAUGAGAUGUCCCUACGAGGAGAAGAGGAUGCACAACCCCUGAACAAUGGAGGACAAGGAAUGGGACCCCAAAUCUGUGUGCGAUCCAACUUGUGGAUUACGGCCAUGGAAUGUGUGGGUGAUGGCGGUAAUAGGUGCUUACCCACCCACCUCAGUGGAGAAUAACAUUGUUCAAAAUGGUUUACCACUUGCCAACAUGACGGGUUUAGCACAUAGAGGCUCUAUGAUGCAACGUUUCAGAAGACAAUCUAAAUGUUUGCCUAAUCAGUACAGUCCAGAUGAUCCAUCCCUAUCCCUAUGUUGUGACAAAUGUGCGGCAGGUACUUACCUGUCGGCUGACUGUACUAAUGAUCAGGGAAGAAAGUGUGAGCCGUGUCUACACGAUACGUAUACAGAUGCUAUGCAUCACUUACGUAAUUGUCAUCGAUGCAAGCAAUGCCAGAAGGAAAGUGGUGAAGAAACAAAAACCAGCUGUACAGCAACUCAUAACACAGAAUGUACCUGCACAAAAGAUUUCUUUUGCCCAACUCCUGGAUGUAAGCGAUGCCAAAGUUGUAAAGUGUGUAAUGCAGAUACAGAAGAGAUUGCAGAGCCCUGCACAUCAACAAAUGACACAGUCUGCGUGGCGAAAGGUAACAAGUUGUGGAUCAUUGGUGUGGUGACACCUCUGGUGGCAAUAAUUGUGUGUGGCAUUCUAUUCUUCAAAAGAAAACACCUACCAUGCACUAAGAAGCCAAAUGGUGAAGAGAAUGUGCCAUUCAAGCCAAUAAACGAUAACAAGCAGCCACAAGAGGUACCAGACAUUGAGCUUUCUGAGGAGCAUUUGUAUUUGAUUGUGACGGAAAUUGAACCAAAAAAGUUCCACAACAUUGGAAUAAAAUUAGGGCUUGGUGAACCUAAACUGCAACAGAUUGAAGCUGACUACCAUGAUGAUGUAAACCGACAGGGUUACGAAAUACUGUCUUCCUGGCUCCAGGGUCAUGGAAAGAAAGGAGCAUUUCCUGAAUUGAUUGACACACUCAAAAAGGCAAAAUACAUCGUCAAUGCUGAAAACAUUAUGAAAAAAAUUAUUCCCACAGUAGAGAUACAACUGGAUAUAGCAAACUAAAUGUGAGUGAAAAUGGUGGAGCAACAGAUUCGGUGUCUGUUUAGAUACUUUUCUGGAACUCAAAGACCCACCCGGGUUGUUCUGUACUUUCCGGGUUUGUUAUCGUGGUCAGGCUUGUGUAGUUCUGUGCUCAACGACAGGCUGAUUUGCUAUUCCAGGUAUGACAAGAUAAAGUAAAUUUAAAAAAAUCAGGAUUCCAGCAAAGAUUGACAAACAAUUUAAGGAGAUAUUAGUGUCAUAGAUCUAGGGAGCUGUUCUUAUCAUCUGAAUGAAUCAUUCUGAAUGAAUCCUUUGCUAAAACCCCUUUAUUCAGGUGGUGGAACUCCUGCUGCCAUGUUACCAUUUUGUCAGCUGAUAACACUGGAAAGGGAGAAGCUCAUUCUGUUUACCAUGAUGACCAUUUGUAGAUUAACAUCAGAAGAAUGUCUUAGAUUCAAGCUGGGAGGUGCAAAGUGGAACAAUCUUCACACUAAGUUUAUCAUGCAAAAGAUUAGACAUUAAGUCAGAAACACCACAUCUUUUUUACUACAGUAUAUUAAACAAAUGGAUACCAAUGUGUUAGUUUGUCCAUUAUUGGUAUGGGUUUACCUAUGUUCCAGCAAAACUGUUUCUCUCAAAAGAUCCAUAAUGUUGGCUCUUCACUUCUUUUGUGCAUUUCUGGGCCUGAACUGGUAGAAAAGGAAGCUAAUGCAGGUUUAAGUUCAAAUGAUGGAAGUGGCUAUGUAAUGCAUUGUGUGCCAUUUUCUGGACCCAGUAUUGGUUUGGCAGAUGGAAUUAAGGAAAGCCAAUAGUAACUGGGCAUUGGGGGAUUCUAGUCUGCAUCUUAACCCAGAACCAAUAACUUCACCCUUAUUGCCGAAGUGACCUUGGGUUCUCCAGGCCUGUAUGCUGUGCUGUGUUGCUCGUCUGACAGAAGUAGCAUCUCCAAUUCCCCCUUACAGUGCUGCAGAUUAGUGCCCAGAUACUGCCCUGACUUUGAGUGAGUGCAAAACUUGAAACCCACUCCUACUCAGUGCUCACAAGACUCAUCUAAACUGAACCCAGAAGCACAGCUUGGCACAUGUUAACUUUGUGAUGAUGGACUAACUCUGGGAUGAUUGAAGGUGGGAGGAAUAAUGGCUCAUGUGCUUUGAGGAGAAACAUAGUACAGGCCCUUCCGCCCUCCCUGUUUACUGAUUAGCUCUGAUUAAAAUCAAAGAAUGUGUCUAAUCUGAGAUAAUAUAGCUCUUUGUGCAUCGGUGCCAAAACAUAACAUCAGUUUUAUGUGACCAGCUAAUCCCAGCAAUACUCCCUUUUCGGCAUUUUUUCUACAAAACUUUUUUAUUGGUUAGAUAAUUUAAGCCAUUUGGCUGACAGUUUUUAUUGCUAAAUAUUUUAACAACUUUGGGGCUUGUAAUGGGAUUUUAUUACUUCUCAGAAUAUGAAUAUCAUUGCAUUUAAUUUAGCUCAAAUUGUUGACAGUAUUCAAAGGGUAAAUACAGUAGCACUUCAGUGCGGGUGAGAAAUGUUACAUUUUAACCCAACACAUAGAGAAUGUAGAGUAAAUAUUAAAACACAGAAGAUGCUUUAGAAUAUGCAAAACAUGAGAUUUGUGUCCGACUGGUGUAAAUGACUGAUGUAGAUCUUAUGCCAAUUCUACAAGAGUAAAGAACAAAGUACAUUUGGUUAGCUGUUGAAUAGUUCCCAACUCGCGCAGAAUUUAACGGAAAUGAAUGCAUCUGUUUAAUGUGUCAGGGUGGAUUUUUGCUGCAGCACCUGGAUAAAGCAGACAGGUACAUAGGGGACGAGAGGAUCACAAGAUUGUAACAUCGCCCUCCCUAUUUUCAAUCUCUUUCAAUGAAUGGAAGGGAAAGGCUUUAUUAGGAGUUUGUAACAUUCCCUUCCAAGUUUUCCUCCGCACUCGAGUAAAUUAAUAAUUUAUGCCCAGGUGUUACAGACGAAAAUCUACCCUGCCAUCUUUUUAAACUGGUAUUUGUAGAUUUGGGAAAGCUAAUACUUAAGAGUUCUAUUUGCUAUCAAAAACGGGACAACGUUGAUAUUUUUUUCCUGCUGUAAAUAAUCAUAAUUAAAAGGUUUCUUUGUA